AUGGUAGAAGACGUUUUCAAAUGGGUCAGCCCAAAAAGGCAACAGCGCAUUUUCCGCUUUGUCGCUCCAACUACUGCUUCUCAGCAAGCAGCAGAUCCGCUCCCUGAUUACCUCAAUCUUCUCACAAUGGCCUUCAGCAUGUGCGGCUUGUUGAUGAAGAUCAAGUGGUGCGCCUGGGCGGCGAUUUUUUGCUCGAUGACUUCUUACGCCAACUCGAGAUCGACCGAAGACGCUCGUCAAGUGCUCUCGUCUCUGAUGCUUUCGAUCUCGGCGGUGGUGAUGACUUAUCUUCAAAAUCCGACGCCGAUGAGCCUUCCCAAAUGA